UAUGCUGCAGGUGACCCUCAUUGAAAGCUGACCAAAGCUGACUACGCGUAAAGAGGGCACCUUUUAUCAAAUUUCUCAACCAGAAUAACGUCAUACGUACGAGCACUUAGCGAGAGCUUCGGCAUUUCGCUACCCAUCUACGAAUAUGUAGAUCAUCGUCGAUGUAUUGAGGCUGCCCUCAAACCCAUUACCUUGUAUUUCACGAACCCUCAGCCUCGGUCCAAAUUGACCAAACCUCGACCCCACCAUGCCCGACCCACGCGUCUUCAUUAUCCGUCACGGCGAGACAGAAUGGUCGCUCAACGGCCGACACACAGGCACAUCAGACAUUCCGCUCACACAGAACGGCGAGAAGCGCGUCCGCGCAACCGGUAAAGCGCUAGUCGGCGACGACCGCCUCAUCGUGCCCAGCAACAUCGCGCACAUCUACGUGUCCCCCCGCACGCGCGCGCAACGCACCCUCGAGCUCCUCGACCUGGGCUGCCGCGACCGGUACCCGUGGGACAACCACCCCGAGGAGAGCGACACCGAGCCCACAAACACACUGGACGUGCGCACAAACGCGUUCAUUGAGAUCACAGAGAGCGUCUGUGAGUGGGACUACGGCGCUUACGAAGGCAUCACGUCCUCGGAGGUGCGCAAAUUGCGCAAGGAAAGGGGGUUGAAUGCGGACUGGGACAUCUGGCGCGACGGCUGCGAGGGCGGCGAGAGCCCUGAGGACGUCACACAGCGACUGGACAAGCUUAUUCAUGAACUGAGGGAGAAGUACCAUAAGGGCCGGUUCGGGAAGGACGGGAAGCCGAAUGAUGUGCUGAUUGUAGCGCAUGGGCAUAUUCUGCGCGCAUUUGCGGCAAGGUGGAUUGGCAAGAAGCUGGAGGAUAAUCCGAGUUUGAUCCUCGAGGCGGGUGGUGUGGGGACGUUGAGCUAUGAGCAUCAUAGUCUUGAGGAGCCGGCGAUUUUGCUGGGUGGUGCCUUUGUGGUGGACGCGAUUGAGAAGGAGGAGCAGCAGAAGCAGGAGGCGCAGAAGUAGUGUCCUUGAACUUCGACGAGAAGGAAAAUUCCCAUCAUCUGUCGCUGAAGCAUACCCGCGGAGGUUGUCACCACGACUGCAGCUGUCAAUGCACGAGUAAGAGUAGGUCUCUUUGA